AGGCACCUCCAUGCGUAGUGGCGGCCUCAAGGGCCGGUUUCGUCGGGCCCUGUCGCUCAAUGCGGCUGCUGCACUGGAAGAGGAAACUGACAAGGAUGAUAUCUCAAUCAAGGCUAGCUCUUCCCGUAAGGUACAUCCGAUUAACAAAGAUGGAGCGAAAAUUGGCUCGAGCGGUGGCGCCGUCUCUGAUGGCGCAGACACCGUAGAUGCUGCAUCGACCACAGCACCAGUCAAGAAAAAAUCCCGCGCUGCCUCCUUGUUCAACUCUCGUCUUAAUGCUUCCACCGAUAACAUUUCUCUUUCCUCUACCGUUUCCUCUGCAUCUGUCAUGAUCCGUAAACUCGGAUCCAUAGGCAAACUUGCAAGACGCAAUUCGCUUGCUGGGAUAACAUCCUUGUUCAAAGACAAGAAGGAGAAGGAAGGAGAACCCAGUGGAAGUAAAAAGAAGAAAAAGAGCGGAAAGGGAGACGUCGUCGAGCCCAGUGUCUCGCAUGCCAUUGUUGAACUUGACCGGUCAAGUGAUUGGAGUGGCCCCGAGAUGAGCGGCUUGAGUCCUGCCGCCAAAUUGGCGAGGCAACAUACGCUCAAGAGCAAUGCCGAAGCGGCUGCCAAGGCGAAGGCUCAACAGGAAGCUGCUGCAGCUGCCGCCGCCGCACAGAAACAAGCGCCCCCCAACGGCGCACCGGUUCCUGCGACGUGGGAGAAAAAUACUACGACAAGGAGUGAAGUAUCUCCCGUCAAGGCUGGGGGACAGUCGCGAGUGAAUGAGGAUGGCACCAAGGUGAUUGUUGAAGAUGAUGAUUCCGCGAGUGGGGAUGAUCAUCAUUAUCCUCAUCAGCUGCCUGAACAAAGCUUCAUAUCCGAUGGAUGGGAUGAUGAUGAAACUUGGGGUCAGGAGGAAGAAGAGGAAGACGUGACUAUCCGAGUGGGCUUGGAGAAGACUGGCCUUGGUGACGACGACGACGAAAAUCUCGAAUGGGGUGCGAACAUUCGACGAAGCGUCGAAAGAACGAAGGUACCCGCAAAGGGCAUUCUCAAAGGUGCUGAGAAGUACGAUCAGCAAACGUACCUCACUGACCAGUCUAACAACCCUGCUUACAACAACCGCGUACGAUCCAACUCGUAUACCACGCAUACCGGGCAGCCAUCAGAGCUGGGUCCUCUUGCCCGUAUACCCUCUCCUGAUCCGGACCAUAUAGAUGGCCUUCACAGACAUCCUUCCCAUUCUUCAUCCCAUUCCAAUUCAGGAGGCAUAAAAGCCUCACUUCUUCCUCCCCUUGAGCUGGGUUCAUCCAGCAUCCUUGGCGUAGAUUCGCCCAAGGAAAGCGAUUCAGGACGAUCAUCACCUCAUCCACCAGAAAGAAGCAUGUUCAAUCACCCGAACUCUUCCGCUCCUGCGUUGUCGACGAUCAUCUCGUCGCCACCGACUCUCACUCAUCGAUCAGCAACUACGCCUGCGAAACGUCUGACAUUUGCCAAUAACUUGUCUGUGUACGACACGUUCCCACCGAGCGUUUAUGAUCGUAGGAGUGAGCCUGCAACGUGGAGUCGCUUGACCCCUGCUUUGGCUCAGCGGAUCAAGGAAGAACUCAAUUCAUAUAAGAUGGAGGAGAUGGAAGUGCAUGCGUCUAGUAGAAUGCACACGCAGUUCUUCAUCUGAUGAACAUGUUCUCUCUUUUUCUUUUGUUUUUUCUUACGGUUAUCGACGUUUACCCUUUUAAGGCCAGUUCAUUGGCGAUUUUUGUCACAAUUCCCCUACCUCCUUACACCCAUCAUUGUUUCUCCUGAUCUAUAACUCAAGGUUUUUUUCUGCCCCGCAAUACUAAGCAGCGCUGCAAACUUCCCCCCUUUAUAAGCGUUCGGAACAAGUAUCCACUAGCUUCCAAUUCAAGAAAGAUAUACCCUCACAUGUAAUAGUAUUGCGCUAUGGUUUUCCUCUGCCAUUGACGCUAUCUACAUAUUUGUACGCUGUGUCGUACUCUGCUGAUCCCACUCAUUUGCAAAUAUCGCACCAUCUUGGACGGACUUCUAUUCACACAAAAGGGUAUCUGCUUAUACGACAGCUAACCUCCACGUUUAGUAUACUUUCUCUAUGCUUCUUUUUUAUAUAUUCCUGCAAGCGUCCUGUCUUCUCCAUCAAUUCUUCAUUAUUUCAUGUACCACAAUAUUAGAUUCGUUGAAAAAAAAAUGAAAUGC